AGCAGCAUUUGGCAGUCGGCUGGCUUCUUGGUCGCAUCCCACGACGUCGUAGCAUGAUGGCAACCAGCGAGGCGAGUCCACCAGACGUGAUCACAAUGACCGACUUGCACUUCCUCCUCGCGACCGACAGCCAUCUGCAGGACGAGCUCGCUGAAGUGUGCCACCUCCUCGACGCGUAUGCGAGCGAUGGGCUCGCCGAGUCGGUCUACAGCACGUCGUCCGACAACGAGACGACGAAGCAGACGAUCGACUCGAUUUUGGAGGACUUUCACACGUCGCUCGACGAAGACGUGGCGCCUGCGAAAGCACCCAAGGCGCCGCGUCGGAAGCGCAAAAAGAUCAUUGACGAGGAGCCGCUGCCAGCGGUCGGCGCACGCAACAAGUUUCAGUACCGGCAAAAGCAAGAGAUUUUACGUCUCCGAAAAGAAGUCGCCGAGCUCCAAGAGACGCUCGCGACCAGCAAGGCGUCGACGGCACUGACGCAGAACGUCGACUGGGAGGCCGCUGCGCGGCGCCACUUUGCCGAGAGUCGCCGCGCGAUGGCCGAGAACCACCAGCUGCGUGUGGCCGUCGCGCAGCAAACGACCUUGAUCGACUCGAUGAAGGCGUACAUCCACAAGAAGCCCAUCGACGUUACCUCGAGCGAGGAGACGUGGGCCCAGUACAAGCUCGCCGCGCAGCACUCGCUCCGUGUCGCGGCUAUCCACGCGAUUGCGGACCGGCAGUACGGUCGGCAGCGGUCUGCGUUCGACAAGGCCGGUCUUCUCGCCAACGACCAUGAGGUACACAUUGCACGCGCGCUGCGACCACACGCCGAGAGCUGCGUUCUGCUCGAAUUCAUCAACCAGCUACGGCACCCCGCGCCGUUCCGCGUGAUUGGCGAUGCGAUCUGGUCCGUCAUGAACGGCGAGAACGGCCAAGAGUUGCUGCUGACGCGACGCAGACGAUCGACCUCAUUGACGACGACACGGUCUACCAACGGUACACACAAGCUGUGUCGGCAAGUACAACGAUUCACGCCAACACGAUCGCCAAGCAGUACCACGAAGACCACCGGCGCGUCAUCGUGUGGCGCAAUGUCCUCGAAGACGAACGCGUGCCCCACAUGUCGCGCGGCGCCCGAGAGCAGCAGUGGGGCUGGGCGGUCGUCGAAGACGAAGGCGCGCGCCAAUGCAAACUCACAAUCUUUCUCCAAGUACCGUUGGACCGGAGCCACUGCGAUGACGUGGCGCUCGCGCAAGCGUCGCUGCAGCAAAUGCAGUUUAGCACACCGACGGACAAUGCGCAGGAUGCGGCAAGUCGACCGGUGCACCCGGCAGCCGCCGUCAUGAGCGCGCUCUUGGGCAAAGGCCGGCUCUUCGAGCUCGCUCUGCGCAAGGCCAUUCGGAAAGCGAUCGAGGCCUACUACUACGCCAUGAGCCAGCCGCGUGUCGGCAGUGUAUGAGCCAGCCGUGCUGGACGAGGAGACCUGCCAACCCACGACGACAAGUCCACGCCACGUGCAGCUCGUAGACGAGAGUAGUACAGUGCAUCGAGCAAAGACCACGCUGCAAAGUGAUCAUGAAGAAGAAACAACAUGCAGCCACUGGUGCGUCACAAAGAAUGGGUAUCGUUAGA